AGCAACAACAACAACAGCAAUUGCAAAGAUUAAGUCUUUGGUCAACGAGCAGUUCUUGGCUCAUGAAAAAGAGGGAAUCAAUCUUGAAUCACCGCAACAGAGAAAAUCAAUCCAUGGAGUCCAAGAUCUCCACAUUUCUCGCUCCAGUGGUAGUUCUACUGCUACGACCUCUGAUUUUCCUCUGCCUCUCUUCCCCUGUUUUGUCAGCUCCAGACUCUGUAACUUUCAGCGCCACUUCUUCCGCCGUUCUAGUCAGGGAUAGCAGCGGCGGAGGAGGAACUCUUGUUUCUGUGACGGAAGCUUUCCAGCUGGGUUUCUUCACUCCAAACGGAAGUGAGUUUCGUUAUCUCGGAAUAUGGUACCGGAAUCGGCCGUCGACCGUCGUUUGGGUGGCUAAUCGUGAAUUCGGACUACAAGACUCCACCGGAUUCCUCUGUUUCACCACGGACGGAAACCUCCAACUCUUCGACGGAAGCAACGAGUCUUACUGGUCAACUGGUCUCCAACAAUCAAUACCCUCUUCAGAAAAUUCCAUUUACAGCCUGAAGCUCAUGGAUUCUGGGAAUUUGAUACUCGCCGGAGAAAACACGACCGCACUCUGGCAGAGCUUCGAGCAUCCGACUGACACGUUUCUACCAGGAAUGAAGAUGGUCCCCAAUCUCAACUUAACUUCAUGGACCAGUCCACAAGACCCGUCGCCUGGAAAUUACGUGUUCCAGCUGGAUCAAGAAUCGCCGGGGAAAAAUGAUCAGUUCAUGGUUCUGAACAAUUCCUUCCCUUUCUGGAAAUCCCAGGUUCCCGGCUUCGUCUCCUUUAUCCUGACCGAUUACCCAAUUGAGUAUUCCAAUUCCACCUACAACAUCACACAUGGGCGGAGAGGGAAAACAGAGUAUUCCAACUCCAGAUUCGUGAUGGGUAUCGAUGGCAGGAUUCAGUUUUUCCCCCAGGCGGCAAACGACACGGCACCGUCCUGGGCCGAGCCCAGCGAAUUCUGUAGCCAGCUGUCAGCGUGUGGCAGCUUCGGCAGCUGCAACAGAGAUUACCGCCUACCUUGUAACUGUCUUCCUGGGUUCCUCCCGAAAUCGCCAGAGAAUUGGAACUCAGGGGAUUUCUCUGAAGGCUGCGCAAGGGUUACCCAACAACAGUGCCACAAGAAGGAAACUUUCCUCAACCUGAAAGUAGCGACGGCGCAGAAACCUACGGCGGUGAGCAAGGAGUUCUCAGAGGAAGAAGAGUGCAGAGGUUGGUGCGGUGAGAAAUGUAAUUGCCAGGCGUAUGCGCUCAAUGAAGCUGAGAAGCACGAAACAGAGUGCAGAAUUUGGCUCGAUGAUCUGAAAGACAUCGAGGAGAUUGAAGUUGCUGGUCCUGUCCUCGGUCUCAACCUUCGGGUCUCGAUUUCGGACAUCGAAUUGACCAAGAAGGAUUGCAAGCCGUGCGGUACUAUCAUCGUGCCUUACCCACUCGGCACCGGGCCGAGCUGUGGGGAUCCAUUGUACUCGAGCUUCGCAUGUAGCAACAAAACUGGCUUGCUUAGCUUUGUGGCACUCAGCGGCAGCUACACUGUGACCAGAAUUGACAAACAGGCGCAGAAAUUCUUCGUUCAAGUUGGGGAUGAGUAUUGUGGCGGGGAGAGCAGUGAUUCGAAGGAUGUUGAAUUGGAUCAAACGCUGCCGUUUACAGUCGAUGAUGAUUGUAAUGCUGAUACAGGGAAUCUGAGUUUGGGCCGAUUCAGGGGAGAUAAAGUGUUGAACGAAAUUGGGAUCUCGUGGGAGUUGCCCUCUGAGCCACUUUGUGGGGUUGAAGACGACUGCAGUGAUUGGCCGAAUUCGAGCUGCCGAGAAGGUGGAGAUGGUAAGAGGUGCCUCUGCAAUGGAAGUUGGCACUGGGAUGGAAGUAAUGCUACUUGCAGCCAAAAUGUUGGUAUCAGAUCUUCCACUCCUUCACUGGAGAAGAAGAGACAAUUAUAUCCCAUCAUAUUUGGUAUUCUUGGAGGUGUUCUUCUCCUUGGCUGUGCAAUUGUAGUACUGUACAUGAAGAGAAGGAGAAGAAAGGCUGCCGGAAGAGGAAGCAAAGAUGGGAAAGAGGAGAAUCUGGCAUUCAGACUAUAUGACAGCGAGAAGCGAGUGAAAGAGUUCAUGAACUCUGGCCAGUUUGGGGAAGAUGACAAGAAAGACAUAGACGUGCCAUUCUUUGAAUUGGACUGCAUAUUAGCUGCUACAGAUUUCUUCUCUAAUAGCAAUAAGCUUGGGCAAGGCGGCUUUGGUCCUGUUUACAAGGGGAAAUUUCCGGGAGGUCAAGAAAUUGCAGUGAAAAGGCUUUCGAGUGCUUCAGCACAAGGGCUCCAAGAGUUCAAGAACGAGGUCCUGUUGAUUGCAAAGCUGCAGCAUAGGAAUCUAGUAAGGCUUUUGGGAUAUUGCGUCGAAGGAAAUGAAAAGAUUUUGUUGUACGAAUACAUGUCUAACAAGAGCUUGGAUUUCUUCAUCUUUGAUCGAGAGCGAUGCAAGGUCUUGAACUGGGAGAUGAGAUUCAACAUCAUAAUGGGGAUCGCUAGAGGGCUGCUUUACCUCCAUCACGAUUCGAGGCUGACGAUUAUCCACAGAGACAUGAAGACGAGCAAUGUUCUCCUUGACGACGAAAUGAAUCCGAAAGUCUCGGAUUUUGGUAUGGCAAGGAUAGUGACGGAGAAACAAACAGAGGUCAACACCGUACGAGUUGUUGGAACCUACGGAUACAUGUCUCCGGAGUACGCAUUAGAUGGGUGCUUCUCCACGAAAUCGGAUGUUUUCAGCUUCGGGGUGGUCGUUCUCGAGAUUCUCUGCGGGAAAAGGAACAGUGGCUUUUACAACUCCGACAAAGCACUCUCCCUCAUGGGAUACGUACGUUGUGUUUUUCUGAAAAUGUUCCUGCAUAUACCAAAUUACCAAUUCUCAGAAAAUGUUUUUUCCUGAGAAUGCAUGAUAGAUGAGGAUGUAUUUCAGGCGUGGGGAUGCUGGAGGGAAGAGAAGGCAAUGGAAGUGAUGGACGUUUCGUUGUCAGAAACCUGCAACGGGAGCGAGUUCCUGAGGUGCGUGACGGUGGCGCUGCUGUGCGUACAGGAAGACCCCAACGAUCGACCCACCAUGGCGAACGUUCUGUUCAUGCUCGGCAGCGACACGGCCAGCCUUCCUCGUCCCAAAGAGCCCGCCUUUUCGGCGCGGCUCCAUGCUAGUUCCUCCGCCACUGGCACCGGCACCGGCACUGCUUCUUCUACUAGCUUUGGAACUAUGGAGACCACAACCGAGCUAGAAGGAAGAUGAUGUAUAUAUAUAGUUCGCACUCAUUUUUUGGCUGGAGAUUUUUGGAUGAUUAUCCCCUGAUUCUUUUGUCGUAGGUUGAGGGCAAAUGUAAUGGUUAUAUUCAUCAAAAAAAAUGUAAUGGUUAUUCUGUUACUCGAUGUAACUAUUUAUGGCCAAAUGG